AUGGUAUCUACUACUUCACAAUAUUUAACUGAAUUUACUACUCCUAUUGUUAAUAAUUCAGCAGAAACAGGAAAAUCACCAUUAGCAAUGUUAGCUAAAACAUGUGAAACAAUUGGACUUGCUGAUAAUAGCCCACCAAGAAAAAAUAAUAUUAAUAAUAAUAAUAAUACUAAUUCAUUUAGUGAAUAUACUUCUUCUAGUUCAUCUGUCUCUCCAAGAAAUUCAACUAAAAUAAGUAUUUCACCUAAAGAUGAAAAUAAUUAUAAUUCUACAAAUUCUAAUCUUGUUAAUUUGAAACCUAAACCUAUUACUACAAUUAAUGACAACAAAAUAUUAUCUCCAGCACCAACACCUAAACGUAACCCUAUUAUUUCACAAUUUAAUCCAAUGUUUUUACAACAUCAACAACAACAACAACCAAAUCCUAAUGAUUCUAUGACUGCUGCAGCAUUAGCUGCUAUGGCACAAGCACAAUUUGUUAAUCCUAUGAUGCGUUUUCCUCCUGUAAUGCCAGGUUCUCCAUUUCCUGGAGCUAUGAAUGGUGCCAUUUUUAAUAUGCCACAUAUGAUGCCAGGAGGUAUGAUGCAAGCAAUGCCAAAUCAAAUGGAUAUGAUGAAUUUAUUUGCUCUUCAGGCACAAGCUGCUGCUUAUAAUGCUCAAAAUCCAUUUUUAGGUGGUAUGAUGCCUCAAACAAAUCAAUUACCUAAUAAUACAUCAGCUACAGCUAUUCAAGCUUAUCAAUCUUUAAUGGCAGCUGCUGCUGGUCAAACUGAAAAAAAUAUUUGUUCCUGGUCAGAUGGAUCAGGAAUUUGCGGUAAAGUAUUUCCGACACCAGAUUUAUUAACACAACAUAUGAAAAGUCAUUUACCAGAUUUAAGAAAUUCUCAAACACCAACUAUUCCUACAACAUCAUCUAAUAAUACUAAAAAAAGUACUUCAGCAUCACCAGCUACCUCUGUUGAUGGAACUCGUAAAUCAACUAAAUCAUCUAGAAAUUCACCAAUUGUCACACCAAUUCUUCCUCCAACAAAUUUACAAAAUCAAACUGGUGGAUUACGUUUUCAUCCAUAUAUGAAAAAUUCAAUGAUUCGUAAUAAUAAUCAUCAAUCAAUGAAACUCCCAUCUGUAGAUCAAAAUGUUCAAGCCGCUCUUAAUGCUGCAACAAUUCAAGCAUUUAUUAAUUCUCAAAAAUUGAUGACCGGAAGUACCUCUCAAUAA